AAUACGUCUUAUUCUCGCAGCGAGUUCGGGAACUGCGGCGGAUGUUGAUGUUUUGCUCAGGACUGUGUGUAUGUUCGGCCAGAAAAUCUCCUUUAUGUGGCGUUUCAUGAAACACGAAACUUCUGAGUGAUCUCUGAGGAACGCUGAGUCCCUCCCGAGAAGCGGGAGGCCGAGGCGGCCAUGAUGGAGGACUUUGAUGAGAUUUACGAGGAGGAGGAAGAAGAGGAAGAGGAGGAGGACGAAGGCCGGGCGGCGGAGGAGCAGCUGCUUAAAUUCGGGCCGGAACCGGUGCUGGUUCGCGGAGCAGGCCGAGCCACCGUGUUUGGACUCAGCAAUAAAUUUGAGACAGAGUUUCCCUCAGCACUCACAGGGAAGGUGGCGCCGGAGGAGUUUAAAGCCAGUAUAAGUCGAGUGAACGGCUGUCUGAGGAAGACGCUGCCGGUGAACGUGCGCUGGCUGCUGUGUGGCUGUUUGUGCUGCUGCUGCACGCUGGGACUCAGUCUGUGGCCCGUCAUCUGCCUCAGCAAACGCACACGAAGAUCCAUAGAGAAGUUACUGGAGUGGGAGAACAACCACCUUUAUCAUAAGUUGUGUUUGCACUGGCGGCUGAGCAAAAGGAAGUGUGAAACCAACAACAUGAUGGAAUACGUUAUCUUAAUAGAGUUUCUACCCAAGAUUCCCAUCUUCAGGCCGGAUUAGCAGCCGCUCACGCUGUCCUCUGCCUAAGGUGCCUUCCUCUGGUAGUCUCACACUUCCCUCACUCCGGACUAUAAACUCAUCCUAUAUACACUUAAACAUAUAUAAAUACAUAUGCAUAGACAUAUACGCUGCUUCUCCCACAUUCAGUGCUGUUUACACACCUGCGUAACCCCACCCACCUCCCACACACACCUCCCACACACACCUCCCCCCGGAGGACCCUCACCUGGAGCCACCUGAGAACACCAUGGUCCUGCAGCACAAGGCUCUGAGCCACUGGAAGCCAUGUCAUGAAAUCAGAUACAGCAGACGAACGGGUGUUACCAUAGCAACGCUGCAACGACGGAAGAAAAAAACUGUGGGCAUCUGUUUGAUCAGCCAAUCAGAGAACGUGAUCAUGUGACAUCACCACAGUAUUAAUAAUUAGCCUGAGGGUCUUGGGGAUCUUGUUGGUGGGCUAGCUACUGCUAACGAGGGAACGUCACAUAAGCUACGCUAAGCUAGCUGGCUGUGAUCUGACUAUCAUUGCAAAUGGCAAAACUUUACAUUAUAUGCUAGUAAUGAAUGAAAAGGAAGUCUUAGCGACAUGGUGUGAUGUUACAUGGUCGUGUUUGUGAUUGGUUUCCGCUCUUCUCGACCCAGAGACGUGCGUUACUUGCUAAACAUCCUAGCCGCUCCAUAACGGAUAACGAUCCGCCAUUUUCCCUUCACAAAUGAACCUGAAAGAGACUAUCACAUACCGGCUGCACUAAACAGGACCGACUUGUCUAGUAAAAAAAACAGUGUGUGAGACUUCCGGAAGGUUCAGGUCGCAGCCGGAUCCCUUAAUGCAGCACAGAAUGGAUUAUUUCUUUCUUCUUCUUCUUUUUUUUUUUAAAAAAAAAGCUUGUGAGAGCUUUAUUAAGCCCGUAAAAAUCUUCUCAUAGAGGAAGCCGUGUGUGACAAGUACUGAAAACCUUUUGAAACUAGGCUCUCUCGCAUCACAUCCUCCCUGUAGUAUUUUAAUCACUGUUGGUCAUUGCUAGCAUGCUAACAUCAAAUACAAUCCAGUUAGCAGUUUAGUUUCAUGAGUCUCUCAUGUAUAAACUCUUAAAAGUAUGUUCGAUUAGUGUACACUAAAUACUUUUAAGCAUUAGGCCAUAGUGUGAGAUUUGAAACACAGCCCUACUUUGAAAACUAGCCACCUGCUAGCCGUUCUUCAUAAUAAAAAAAAAUAAACAUUUUUCUUCAAAGGACAUUUCUUUCCACUUGAUAAUAUUUAGCAAACAGUUUCGGUUGAAUCCGAUGAAGAAAUAGGAAACAUUUUCCCUCAGCUAGCUAACAUUAUGCUAACAAUGCCAGCACAUGCUAGCUUGAAUGUCGUGUGUCAGUUUGCUGCGUUUCUGUCAUGAACAGUGUAACAUUUCACACAAAAAUGUGUUUUAUGAAUGUGUGAAACAUCAGGAUCGUGACUUUUACUUAGCAAAAUGGCUAACUAUCCGUUUUAUAUUGUCACGGUAGCUACUUGCUAGCCAUUUAAGGUUAUGCUAACAAGUCAUAACAUGCUAGGCUAACUGAUUUGUUUCACUUUUAUUUGAAUUUAAAGUACUAUUGUAGAUAGCAAAAGUGGUCAUUGUUAUUGGCUGUCGCUGAUAAGGUAUCAUACUUCUUCCUGUGAGAAGAGUUUUAGUCAGUAAAGCUCCCACAAGCCUUUUAUUUUUUAAAGUAUUUUUAGCUUCGUUUACCUGCUCAGUUAAAAAGAGCAGCUAAUGUUCAACUUCUUCAGUUUGUGAGUGUGUGUGUGUGUGUGUGUGUGUUUUGUAUCUGUGUCUCGUGAGCGAUAUCAGUUAAUGAAAAACAAUCAACAAAACAUUGCUGUGGUUAAAAAAUAAAAUAAAAAAAACACCCCCGUUGUAUUUUUAAGUCUUAGUUUAGUUUCUGGUUGUAUUAAAGGAGCAGUUUGGCCAAAAAUGAAAUGUCUACCAUGACACCUUAGACCAAACGGAGUAGCUUAGCGCUGAGGCUAGGAUGCUAAUUCAGCUAGCAUGUAACGAAAGCCUGUGCUUUUGACCAAACAGCUCCUUUAAUGUUCAAUAUUUAGAACAAAAUAUAAAUUAAUUAAUCACAUAUUGGUGCAUCCCUGAUUUCUGGAUUUUUAUCAUUGAGAUAUUUUACACUGAACACAAGGUUAAGAUCACGUUGUAUUUAAAAAAAAAAAAAAAAAAAAAAAAAAAAAAAUGCUACCUUAAAUUGAGCAUAAAAUUUGCCCAGCAGGUUUUAACCAAGUGUGUGUGUGAGAGUGUGUGUUGUUCAGUAUGUGUUGCCCAUGUCUUUAUGCUCAUCCAUUACUAUUUUUUUUGUUGUUAUUGUUUCUUUAUUUCUCUAAAGAAUAUUUAAGUACUGUGUAUGUACAGGAAUAAAGUACAAAUACAUUAA